AUGGGUGAUUAUCUUCUAAAGAUCAAGAAUAUCUCAGAUGCAUUGGCUACGGCUGGAGAACCCCUAUCUGAAUCUGAUCCCAUAUAUCAAACAUUGGAGGGAUUGCCAAGUGACUUUGAGCACUUCACUACUAUUGUACUUACCAGACUUGAUGGUUUCUCAUAUGAUGAACUGCAAAGCCUACUACAACAAGAAAUCAAAAUGCUGAGAGCAUGCAACAAGAUUACAGACUUCAGCCUUGAUGCUUCAACCCACCUUACUUCCAAGGGAUGGACAUUCAAGAACAAUAAUCAGCCUAGUCGACCACCUCUUAGUGACAAAGACAGUGAGUACAGAGACAAAUCACCUAACAAGAGCACUAGAAGAUACAAAGAGAGCCCAUGCCAGAUCUGUAAUCGUCCUAAUCACUUAGCUCUCACCUGUAAGAGUUGCUUUGAUUCCUCCAUCAAAUAUAUACCUCGGAAACCUUCAACUUAUAUGUCAGAAAUUGUAACCUCACCUCCCUUAGCAGAUCACUCAUGGUAUCCUAAUUUCAGUGAUACUCACCAUGUCACUAAUGAUCUCAACAAUCUGAAACUUCACAAUAUUGAAUAUAUAGGACCUGAACAACUGCGAAUAGGUAAUGGUACAGGUUUGAAUAUACAUCAUAUUGGCACCACUUCUCUCUCAAGUUUUGAUAAAAAUCUAGUUUUGCAUGACACUCUUCAUGUGCUAAAUAUUAUUAAAAAUCCUCUCUCUAUUGCAUACUUCACAUCUGAUAAUGACGUGUUUCUUGAAUUUCACCUUUCUCAUGUGCUUGUAAAGGAUCGAAAGUCAAAGAAGGUUAUUCUUUAA